AUGGCGCGCAUCAUCGACUUAAAGCAGUCAGAAAGUGGUGGAAUCCGAGAAGCACAACUCAAAUUGCGGAGCGGACGUAUCAUAAGGAGACCAAUUAAUCUACUAAUUCCACUUAAACUGGAAGAAAGCCCAACACAGGAACAGUUAGACACAAAUGAAGAGACGAAGUCGCCGACUCAAGGUCCCCAAAGCGCAGUUGGAAUUCUAAAUCAACGCUAUAAUCUCCGACCUCGAUCACGUGACAACAACGUACCAAUAAUCAAAGAAUUCGUCCUCCACAAGUCGAAGAGGGACAUGAGCCGAGAAAUGAUUCCGAAGUGA